AAAUGAAAACGGACAGUGUUUUGAAAAUACAAAAAUAAAAACAACAAAUUUAAUGAUAAAGUGAAUGAAUGUUUGGAAGAAAUUAAUUUAAAAAAAUAAUAAAAUAUUUAAUUCAUAAAAAAUCAAAAAAGACCUCCAGACCCCCUUGCGAAGUAAAAAGUAAUAUUGUUCUGGCCGUUUUAUAAUUUGUGUCAUUCGUGAAAAUCGUGUAACAUAACGAGAAAGAAUGAAGCUUGAAACCUGAUGUUAAAUCCCCCAGCGUUUAGAAGAGUUCGUUGUUCGGAAAUUGCGAACCUAGAGAAAAAAAAAAAAAAAAAAAAAAAACGAAUGCCUUCCUAAAAUUUCUCGUGCCUAAAGAGGCCAAUAACACUUAGGCCGAUUGCUGUCGCACUGGUGUGAAUCAUUUGAAGUGAAUAUUAACAAAAACAACAACAACAACAACAAAGAAAAAGUUGGCUAAUUUUUCCUACAGGUCCCGCUUGUUUUGCUCCAGUUUGUUUUUUUUAAUGAAUUAUAAUAUUUUUUGGUGUUGUUGCUCCUUUGCUAUAAAUUCAAAUACAUAAAUUAUGAAUAAGAAACCAGCUCCCAAAUAAGUGCGUGUUCAGAUCACAUUUGUUAGUGGCAAAACAGUGAAUACGAAAAAAAAAAUACUACCACGUGUUGUUUUGUGGACGUCAGUCAUUUGUUUGAGUGACAGCCUUUUUUAGUCCCUACCCUCAGACUAACCAACAAACUACUAACUAAAGUUGACAACAACAGCAACUAACGAAAAAAACAAAAACUUUUGCCAAAGUUGAUUGCUUUUAACAGGAAUGAAUUGAAAUCCCACGGGGGUACCCUCCAACACUACUCAACCCUCCUCCACCAUCAACUAACCACAUUUGGCCAUUUGACAUGAAAUUGGGGGGAAAAUAAAACUAAACUUAAGUGCGGUUUUUAGCGAGCACCAAUUCGUACGUACGUUCGCUCUUUUAUUGUUGGCGCUGUCAUUUUAUCGCUUUAUUAUAAAUUACCCUCUGUCGCUUUUGCCGCGUCUUCCAUGGCAUGUGAACGUCAUACAUUGACAGACGCCACUGUCAUAUGGUGGUAAAGCCACUGGCAACGCCAUUCAUUGUACGUUGGGUGUUACAAAUUACAACAAAUUUGUUUUCGUUACGAAAAAAUAAAACAUAUUCCAGUUUUGUGACAUACACCCUCACAGCUGUGAACUUUACACAAUGCAACAACAACAAGCUACUGCUGCUGCUGCCCAGCCGGAAAGAGACCAACUCAAACAGAUAAAUGCAAUUUUGUAAAGUUUUUUUCUCAUCAUUGUUGCAUUUCCAUUAACGUUCUGACAUUGACAAUUUCGUUUUGUCUGUUUCCAUCUAUGAUGACUGCCUGCCCUGCUGACUGGCUAACUGACUGACUGGCUGUCUUUGACACUUGGCAACUAACAACUAAGUAAUUCAUGCAUUUCAAAGUAGCGGAAAAAAGUGAAACACAUAAAGUAGUGAAGUCGAAAAAAAUUGGAACGAAGAAAAAACUAAAGCACAAAAAAAAAAGCAUUAAAACAAGCAUAACGAACGAAAAAUUGCACAGAAAAGUUUUGUGAACGCGGUUGAAAGUUAUUAAUAACAGAAACAGAAACUUACAAGUUUCCGUGGAACAAAACAAAAACAACAACAACAGCAAAAACCUUUAGCUAAAAAUUGCAAACUACAAAACAAGAAAUAGGAGAAAGCAAGGAAAAAAAAAGGAAAAUAAAAAUGGCAAACUCCAAGGAACGAAACAGCUCCAACUGCAGCAAUACAACAGUAGCAACAACAACAAAUACUACUCUGGCUAUUAGCAACAAAAGCAGUGGCAAAAACUUUAGAGAAAGUAGAAUCUCCUUCAAUGGCAAACCACAAAGAGCCAAUAGCAGUCUCAGACCCUGUCCGCCCCAAAAACAUGCGAUAAGGAAUGGCUGCAGUCAAAAUGGCCCAGCGCUGCCUAUGCCUAGAAAGGGCAGUGGCAGUGAUAUUAUUAGUUUUAUAACAAACAGUAUUACAACAAUGGCAACAGCAACAGCUACAACAACUGCAUCCAGCACAACAAUUCCAAAUAGUUCCGCACUUGGGACUAUCGAGUCUAGAAUGCCAUCGUCGUCAUCAUCAUCAUCGUCAUCAUCACCAUCAUUUGUGGAUGACUUUCGUGUCAACAGUGCAACUUCAAGUAGCGCCAAAGUUCCGACCACCAACACCAGCAACACCCAGACUAUCAAAGCUACCACUGAUUCAUUAUUGGCUGCAACAGCUACGGCUACUAAUUCUGAUACUGCCAAUAACACUGCAACUGAAACUCUAACUGCCUCAGCUACUUCGCGUAUGACUUUUUCAACUUCGGCUGCUUCGUCAUCAUCAGUGCCCUCAUCAUCAUCGCCAUCAUUAUUAUCAACAUUGCCAGCAUCGAGAAUCGCAAUAAGAAGAAGAAGACGAGCAACAAUAUCAUCAUCAUCGGCAGCGAUUUGUGGCGGCACCAAGCACAACUUUCUGCCCACCAUUUCGCUCAAAUCGUAUUUUUUCUUGUGGCAUUUCUUUUGUAUAUUGGCACCGUGUCUAUCACUAUCGAUGACAGAGGUCCGCAUACCCAAACACAUAAUGCGUCACGAGGAUGCAGCGCUGGGCUGUAAAUACGAUUUGGAUGGCGAAUCUUUGUAUUCGGUGAAAUGGUACAAGGAUGGCUUUGAAUUCUAUCGCUAUGUACCGAGAGAUAUGCCGCCUGGACAGGUGUUUCCGUUGCCGGGUGUUGAUGUCGAUCUACAAAAUUCCACAGACAAUGUGGUGGUAUUGCGUCGUGUCACGUUACAGUCAACAGGUCGUUACCGCUGUGAAGUAUCCGGUGAAGCGCCAUCAUUUCAAACUGUUUCCGGCCAUGAGGAUAUGAUUGUAGUUGUUACACCAUUGGCCGGACCACAAAUUACUGGCGGUAAACCACGUUAUCAAAUUGGCGAUCUGGUGAGCGUAAAUUGUACAUCAGCACCAUCAAAACCCAUCUGUCAUCUAAGUUGGUUGAUUAACGGUAACCAUGCGAAUCGUUCGUUCCUGCGCUAUUACGAGCCGAAAGUUGUCGGACGUGAGGGUCUGGAAGUGGCCACACUGGGAUUGGAGUUUCGUGUACGUGGGUGACAUUUUAAGCAUGGCGACAUGAAGCUAAAGUGUGUCGCCAAAAUUUCUUCCGUCUAUUGGCAGAGUAACGAGGAAAGUGUUGAAAGUGAUAAGCAUCAGAGAAUACCAGUAUUAGAGUCCAGGGAAACAGUUGUUCCGAAAUCCAGAUUAUUGGAUAAAUCAGUAGAAGAAACCCCAAAAGGUGCCACAGUAACUUCCCCAAAUUCAGCAUCAAUUGCAUGUUCAUCUGCCCCUCUCAGCAUUCUAUUACUAUUAACAGUCCAGCUUGUGACCAGAUUCGGUUUAAGCCAUAGUUAACAAAUUUGUAAACAAUUUGUCUAAUUUUUAAAAUAUUAAAUUACAUUGUAAAUAGAAAUCGUAAAUGAGUUUUCCAUAAAAAAAUCUGGGACAUUGCAGAGAAGUAUGGCUUCAAACCAACAAAAUUUUAACUUGUAUUAAAAAAUUCAGUUAUAACCCUUAAAAUUAUUAUAGUGUACUAAAUGAAUUAUAAUUGGUAAAGGAUCUUAAGUGUAGACUGUGUUAAAAUAUUUUUUUUUUUUAAUUAAAAGGUGGAUAGCAAAGUUUUCCUUGACCUCCGUUCAAGGAUUUUGAAACUAAAUAUGUGGACAAUUUGUUAAGGCUGUUAGAAAUCUAAAUGUGAAAUUUUAAGAAGCUUUUAGACAUUUUUGAGUUUGUAUUCAAAUCAAAAUUUUUGUAUAGCCCCUACAUACAUCUAACAAUAUUCGGUAUUUUGAUAAUUUCAGCAAAAUUAUUUGCAGAAUUAUUUCAACUUUCGUAUUUGAAGUUCGUAUUGGGUAAUACAGCUUAUGACAAAAAUUGUUGUUAGCAGGCCCACGUCUUCGUAUAGCCCAUAUAUAACGGUAGCCCCCGAUAUUCGGUAUUUUGAUGAUUUCAGCCAAAUUAUUCACCGGAAUCGUUUCAAAUUUCGUAUUGGGAGGUCUUAAUGGUUACUACAACCUGUGGAAAAAAAUUUCGUAUGCAGGUCUACCUCUUCGUAUAGCCCCUAUAUAACGGUACCUCCCGAUAUUCGGUAUUUUCAUGAUUUUAGCGAAAUUAUUUACCGAAAUUAUUUCAACUUUCGUAUUUGAAGUUCGAGAUGGGUGCAACAGACAAGUUUCGUAUUUAAAGUUCGUAAUGGGUACUACAGCCUAUGAGAAAAAAUCGUAUGUGAAUAUUGUAAUGGCUUAUGACAAAAGUCGCCUAUACAGGCCCACGUCGGCUAUAUUCGGUAUAUUUAAGAUUUUAACAAAAAUUUUAACGGAUUUUAUUUAUUGAUUUAUUUAUUUUUUUAAUUGCCAAAUUCAUUCCAAAUGCUGGAGGGUAUUCAAAGAUCGGCCCUGCCGAACUUACAGCUUUUUUACUUGUUUAUGCUGAUUUCGUUGACGAAUAAAGCCAAAUAUCCUAGACAAGCACAUUUGGGGAGGGGCCUCUUGCAUUUGGAAAUGAUCCCAAAAUAUUUAGGGGUUCAAAUGAAUAAACAACAGAAAAAAAUCCUGAUCUCACAAUUUAAACUAAUCGUCAGGAAGUUUGCAUGAGAAGAGAGUUAGGGACAUGGAAAAUGUCGAGCAUUUUGGAUGACCAUUGGACUAUAUUUAACAACAACAACAACAACUAACAGAGAGUCCCUGGUCAAAAUCCUAAGGGUAUUAUCUGGGCAGUGCUUCAUGACGUUAUAUCAAAGGCGAAAUCUUCCAAAAUGGAUUUGGACAUAAGGGAGUUUCUACCCUUUAUUGUAGUGUUGUAGGCUAUCAAAUGAUUGACCGCGCACGACUAUAGCCUUUGCUUACAAAAGAGUAUUUUAUAGAAUAAUAUUAUAACUGCAUAUUUAACAGACUUUUACUGAUGGAAAAUAUUAACUUGGUCCUUUUAAAUUAAAGUUUAUUUUAAAGUACAAAGUAGAAAGUAGGAAGAUUAUCCAUGUUUUCAUUAUUUAAAAAAUUGUUUGACUUUUUAUAAAUUUUUCCUUUGAUGAGCUUACCAAACAAUUUUCAUCAUAUUCAUACUCUAUUUAUCAUUCAUUGAAAUAUAUUGACGCCCCAUUAUCCUAGUGAUGUUCUGUCCAAAAAUUUAAUUACAGAAAACAUUAGGAAUUUUCCUUUAUGUUAUUUGCUCCAUUAUCAAUCAAUGGAAAUCAUAUGGAAGCCAUACAAAUCUCUGCAUCGGUAAUCACCCACUCGAAAUAAGUAAAAUAGUCAUUUUGUGUUAGAAAUGCAGUCGAACAUGGCUAUAAAUAAUUACGGAUUCUUUAAUUUAUCAUUUUAAUGCAAAUUUUCAAUAUCUUGAUUUAAUUUUUCUUUUAAACAAUACCAUCCUUUAUAACCAUGUUCGACUGUACCUAAAUCUAUAGACCCGAAGUAACUACACCACACAAAAGAAAACAACAUAAACUAUCUUGUCGCAAAGAUAUUUUUUGAGAACUUCUAUUACUAAACGCAUGCGAAGAAUGUAACAAAAAUAUGCAUUCGACGACACAAAGAACCGUAACAACAAAGAAUUCUAGGAAAAAAAUACUUUAGAUAAUAACUACAAAACACACAAAAUGUCAUUCAGAUGAAUGAAAACAUUUUAUAAAUAGUAAAUUUUAAGCUUUAAAUAUGAUAUAAGAUAAAGAAGACGAAGAAGCAAAAGGAGAAACCAUAAAAUCGAAACAUAAAAAUUCAUGGAAAAAUUACAACAAGAGCAAAAGAAAACCUGUCAAGUUAUUUAGGCUAAUAUUAGAAUAUUCUAACUCAAUGACCGGUAAGAUACACACACUCAUACACACAAUGGAAAUAAGAAUGCCAGCCAAGAGAAUAAACUGGUUCCUAGAAAGUAAAUUACAAAUAAUAAUAAAAAA